AUGACAGAAGUGAAAAUAUCAAAAAAUUUUCAGAACCCAAGGACCGUCAUGUUGGCUGGACAUAUUGUGCAGAAGCGCGUGGCUUUGCAAGCUACAGGCCUGGGAGUCAGGGCAUUUUCGAUUUCUGGAGCUCGUUUAUCCGGCCAGAAGUCGCCUAUCCAAGUGUUCGUGGACACAUUCCGCAGCGAGCUGAAAAAGAGCACCGAGCUCACUGACCAAAUCAAACAGCUUAAGAGCGCUACCGACGAGAUGGGAGAAAGUGAGGCUUUUAAGAAAGCCAAAGAGGCAUACAACGCCGCGCAGAAAUCGUCGGGAGCGUUGGCAAAGGGAGUGCACAAGACAGCCGAGGUCGUGGGAGAUGUGGCACAGAAGGCAUGGGAGUCGCCUGUGGGAAAGGGGGUGCGGACUACCGUUGAGAAAACCGCCGAGACUGUCGAUCAAGUGAUCGAGCCGAUCCGGAAAACCAAGACUUACCAGGAGGUGACCAAGAGUCUCGACGAAGGCGCUUCCAAAUAUGGAUUGUACGAGAGCAAGGAGCAGAGACGGCUUCGUCGUCUGCGCGAGCUGGAGAACAAACCAAAGGCCAUUAAAAGAGACGAGGAGGCCGGCACUGCCAUAGUUGCCACCAAUAUCAAGUCUGAGAGCAGCAUCAAAGACAAGAUCAAGAUCAAGCCCAACUCUGCCAUUGGAAGACUGCUGGUGGUGCUGAGAGAAAAAUGGGAGGAGGCAGAAAACCCACUGUUGGUGCUGAUCCGGACCGUCAUCGACAAGAUCGGCAGCUUUUUUGCCGAAACCGAGGGUGCCAGAGUCAUCAAGGCUUUCAGAGAGCUGGACCCUAACUUUAACACAGAAAGUCUGACUAAACAGCUCAGAGAGUACAUUGUGCCUGAGGUUUUAGAGGCAUACAUUACCGGAGAGGAGAAGGUCCUGAAAACGUGGCUCUCGGAGGCUCCGUUCAACAUCAUAGCUGCACAGCAGAAACAACUCAGAGAUCAGGGUCUGAUCUCGGAUGGCCGUAUUUUGGACGUGAGAGACGUCCAGAUCGUGUCGUCACGUAUGUUGGAGCCUAACCAGAUCCCUGUUUUCGUUGUUAGCGCUAGAGUUCAGGAAGUUAAUCUCUACAGAAAGGCCAAGACUGGCGAAGUGGUGGCAGGUACUGAGGAGGAUAUUCUGUUGUCUGCCUACGCCUUGGUGAUAACGCGUGUCCCAGAGGAGAUAGACAACCCAGAGACAGAGGGAUGGAAGAUUCUGGAGUUUGUGAGAGGUGGAUCUCGGAAAUUUACCUGA